ACUUGUGGCUCUGCCGGGCAACUUCCUAUUUUGUCCGUCCCUUGGCAGUCGCGGGGAGGCAGAGGCAGUCUCCUGCUAAAGCAAACGCCCGUUCUGCAGCUGAGCGUUUUCUGCCCAUACUUACUGAGAAGGAAAUGUUGAGCAAUUUGAUUUGGAUGUUUGUCCUGCUCUGCUGCUCUGUAGCAGAUGAAAACUCUAUCAGAGAUGCUGACAUUUUUCCUUCAUCUCCUGCAAUUGAAAGAGGAUCCUCCCUGGAACUAUCCUGUGUUCUUAGAAAGAACUACAUGCAUCAGAGAAAUGCAAGCCACAUCAUCUGGAAACUGAAUGAUACAUUGAUUGCUCCAGAAAACUAUAUCAUUGUGAAUGAAACUGUAUCUAAUAUAACCAUCCAUAAUUUCAGUUACAGCACAGCUUAUGUGAAUUGUUUCAUGAAGCACCUGGACAAGGAGCUACCUUUGGCUCGCACAGAAGUUAAAUCUGGGUUUCGUCCAGACAUACCAGAAAAUAUUUCUUGCAUUUAUUUCUACGAUGCUAACCUUACCUGUACCUGGAAUGCAGGAAGAGAAACAAGUUUUACAACAAAAUAUACUCUUUACCGAAACCUGACGCAUUCUCCAUAUUCAGUCACACCCUGCCAGAAUGCAACAGAAUCGUGUUCAUUUUUUCCUCCAUCCAAUGCUUAUAGUAAUGAUUUUUGUUUUCAGGUGAAAGCUAAAAAUGUUUUGGGUGAAUCCUCAACAGACUGUAUUCCUAUACCUUUGCAAAAAAUAGAGAAAUUUGCCCCUCCUGAAAUACUUUCAGUUAAAAAAAUCCCUGGUAUAAAGCAGUUACUUACGGUAACCUGGAAAAUGCCUGAGAAGAUUAUCCCUUUAAAACCUAUAAUUUGCCAGGUUCAAUACAGAAACUUGUACUCAAACUUUACCGAAUUUGUCAAUGUCUCACUGAAUUCUAAGAAGGCUAUAGGAUCAUGUAAUCUCACAGGUCUGUGGGACUCCACAGAUUAUUCUGUUGCCAUUCGGUGUAUCAAUAAUGAGUCAGCAUUUUGGAGUGGAUGGAGUGGAGAGAAAAAUGGAAGCACAGAAGAAAAAGCUCCUUCAGGAAAAGUGGAUUUAUGGAGAGUAAUUGAGUCUUCACACUCAUCUAGAAAUAGAUCUGUGCAUCUUAUGUGGAAGCCGUUAAAAAGCUUUCCACCUUCUGGGAGAAUUCUAGGCUACAAAAUACAGUAUUUUCCAGAAAAAAAGACUUCUGUGCGUAAAAGGACAAACAACUCUACUGAAAAGAAAAUCACCUUACUUUUAAAUGAAGAGGCACAUAUAAUAUCUGUCACUGCUUAUAACUCUGCUGGAGAGUCUCCUGAAGCUAUUUUGAGGAUUCCAUCCAUUGAUGAAAAAUCCUCUCAGGUGAUUGAAACAGUGAUGGCUUCUACAACAAAUGAAGAAGUGGUGGUGGAAUGGAUAACCUCUGAACCAGAAACAACCAAAUAUGUGGUUGAGUGGUAUGAGGAAUUGGAGAUGGACCCUUUUGGUAGAUCGUGGCAAUAUGUAUCAAAUUCUACAAAGUGGAAAAAUAACAAAAAAAACUUUAAACCAUUUGUAUGCUAUAACAUCUCAGUGUAUCCUCUUUAUGGAAGGAAUGUAGCAGCUCCAUCUUACACACAAAUCUAUGUUCAAGAAAAAAAGCCAUCAGAAGGACCUGUGGCUGAUACAGGCAUUCUGGGGAAAAAUGAAGUUACAAUAAAAUGGAAUGAGAUUUCAAAGGCUAAAAGAAAUGGAUUUAUCACUAACUAUACAAUAUUUUAUAAAUCUGAAGAUGGAAAGGAAUUGAAUGAAACAGUGAACUCUGACGUUCUGCAAUACAGACUGAAGUCCUUGCAGGCUAAUACACAAUAUACUGUUCAGAUCAUGGCAAGCAACAGAGCUGGUGGAACCGUUGGAGAUCAAAAAACCUUCAAGACUUUGAAAUUUGAUAAAGAAGAUUUCUUUUUUAUUGCUAUACCUGUUGGGAUAAGUGUGUUGUGUCUGAUAGGCCUUUGGAUAACAUGUGUUUUGAAAAAACAUGCGUUUAAAAAGGUUUGCUGGCCUGAUAUACCAAAUCCUGAAGAGAGCCUUGCAGUGGAAUGGCCUCUUGCUAUGAAUAAUUCAUUUUUGAAGAGAGUGUCAUCUCAGACUAAAACUGUAAACCCUGAAGACAUAAGUGUUUUAGAAUAUUGUUUUCCUGAAGAAAGUCAGGAAGGAUCACUACUAAUAAAUUAUGAAAACCAUGUUUCUGAAUGUACUGAUAUUAAUACAAAAGACAUAACUAACGGAGAUGAAAAGAUACUGUGUAAUGAAGAGAAUGAAGUUGCUAAAUGUUUUUCUCCAUCCAUGCCUUAUAUACUUGCUGAGCAAUUUACCAGAAGUCAAAUGCAUUCAGCUUUGAUACCAGCGAAGGAAGUCCAACCCAUAGAAAUGGUUGCAAAUGAUUUGUGUGGAUCCCAACAGAAUCCAGUUAAAAAUGAAGAAAAUUAUGAUGAAGAAGUUUUAAAGCUGGAAGAUUUCAGUGACAAAGCACUGUUCAAUCCAUACCUUAAAAAUUCAGUUAAAACAAGGGAAUUUCUUGUUUCUGAGAGCCUGCCAGAACACAGUACGGACGAACACAAAAGCCAGUCAAGCGUCUUAUCUCCUUUUCAACCAGAUGUGCCAGGACAAUCAUACAUAACACUGGACAUGUUCAGGCUGGCCAAAGCUCAGUAGUAUGAGAAAACUCCAUGGUAAAAUCCUCCUGUGAGAUAUCCCUUGGCUCUGCUGCUCAUAGCCAUUCGUAUGUUCUAACGUGGCUGAUCCUCAGUUAAUUCGGAUGGGAGCACCCUCUUCCUUCAAAUAGCUGUGAAGUAAUUUUUUACACUGUGUGUGUGCACGUCAGAGUUCAGUUUCAGUGUGGAUGUUUGAGGUUUUAGUUGGUUUGGUUUUUUGUUUUGUUUUUUUACCAGACAUGCCAGUAGUGGGGCAAAAGAAAUAGCUUUUGUUAUUUUUUCUUAGUUGUCCUGUAUCAGCCUGCUAAAACAAACUGAUAUUUGCUGCAGGAGCAUCCAGCAGUACAAGCAGCACAUCUCUUUCUCCCCACAUGACCAGUUCGCAAGGCUCAGCUUUGAUGGGAAACAUGGGCGAACUUGCACAGAAUCAGAAUCUGCUGAAUCCUUCCUUCAGUUACAUGAAGCAGAAAUCCUUUCCUCUUCUUACUUCCCUUGAUUGUUUUUUUAUCUGGUUUUAUAUAUCAUGUUCCUCUUGUUUUACAAAUAUUUUCUAGAUUUCAGUAGUUGUCUUUUUGUAUCCUGACUCUUGAAUUAAUGGUUUGGCUUAUAGUUUCUUGUCUUUAAUGAGAGUAUAUUUGCUAUGUUAGCUGCAUUUUGGAAAAUGUGUUAUGCUUACUAUGUUGCUUCCUUUCCUUUCCCAUGUUUUUAAUAGUUCUCAGCAUUUUGUGCUGGUUUUGUUUCUCCUGUUUGUUUCCUGCUUUUAAAAACUGCUUACUGAAGGAUUACUUCUUAUCUUCUUGUUCCUGUGCUUCUAAUUUGUUUCAAUUUAAAACUGCAUUUCCCAGUUGAGAUUUUGAUAUUUUGAACUGAAAAAAAAUCAACUAAAUAUGACAUCUUGUGUUAGAAUAAGCACUGAGUUAGGAAAUUAUUUUUCAGGGAGGUAAUGAAAAAACACUAAGUAUAAAAUCUUCACAGAUAUUCUCUAGUAAUUGAUUUAGGAUUAGGUGUUUCUGCAUGAAGGAUAUAACGUUUGUCAUUUGUUUUAUGAUUUUGUUAAAUCAUAAAUCUAGUUGUAGUUUCCAUUUCACAAAUCAGCAGUAAAUUAAUUAUUUAGCAGUAAUUAAGCAGUAAAAUACUCGAUCACACUAAUUUUUUAACAAGAAAGAGGCCAUUAUUGAAAAACUCUUAAUGACAUAGUCUUCUAAAUAACAGAUUUUAAAAGAUGCAGAGUCUAAGUAAAUUGUAUUAGAAGGGGGUGUUCAGUGUGACACAUAUGGGGGAUAAGGUAAUUUUAAGACUUUGAACUAUUUUUACAUCGCUUAGGGGCUUGAUGUCAUUAGUCUUGUUUGCACAGGGUUGUAGUUUGCACAACAACAGAUUUCUUCCAGGGUAAAAAAGAUACAGGAGUUAUGGGGAUAGAAAAUGUGAGACAAAUGUGAAUAGGAUUAGAAAGCCUUUCCUUGACGUGCAGGAAGAAGAGUGAAAGAAUGGAAAAUCCAUUGUAAGCAUGAAUGAGGAGGCUGAGCCUUUCCCUGGGUGCAGUGGCUAUUGCAUUGUUUUGGGGAAAACUGUGUGAAGUUUUGCACUUAGGAUCUUUUUUUUUUUUUUUUUUUUAUAGUUUGGAAGCUGCUAUAACUUAGAACAAUGUUCCUCCCAUUGCCCAGAAAGGAUGGGUAAACAAUUUCUUCAAAUGUUCCUUAUCCAGAAACACUGAUUUCCCUCUCUCAUGUUUGUUGGAUCACUUUCUCAACCACAGUGCUCCAAGAUGAAAUGCAUAUAUAUUUGCUCUUAUAAGCCCUUGAGCAUUUAGGUAAGACAUACUCUGAAAUUAGUACAAAGCUUUGGUUAGAUCAGUGCUUUUUUCUGCUGCUUCAGUUGAUUCUGGACUUCUCACUCACAGCUAUGUUAUUGUCUCCCCGGGUUCAGAACUCACUGAUUCCAUCACAGCAGUUUUUUCCCUUAAAUCUCAGGGUUUGUUUUAAUAUCACAAUAUAUAAAAAUAAACACAUGCAGAGAUAUUUUGGGCCUUUAUAGAAAUUGUUUAACAGCCAUAUGAAAGCUGCAUAUUCUGAGUUGCAUGUUUGAGACAGGUAAAAAGUGAAAAUAAUGCAACCUUUAAGGGAUCACUAGAAAGGGGAGGUUCUUGCUAGGUGGCAGGUUAUCCUUGUAACAAUUCUUAGGUUUUGGAGAGUGAGUAUAUCCUUCUUUUUUAUCCUUUAUUUCCUUCCCUAUUGAUAUUCUGCUUUUUGCUCCUCAUUUUUCUG